AUGUUAAACGGCGGAAUUGAGAGCUUAACAAUAACGUUCGGCAGUGGCGCGAUAUACACAGCAGCGGUAGUACUUGUCUACGACUACGUCCUGACCCUCAGAAGCGAAAUUCGGUACAUUUGGAAGGCUCGUCUGUCAUUCGUGGAUGCGCUAUUCCUCGCUAUUCGAUAUAGUGCAUUUUCUGGAGCAGCAUUUGCGCUUCUUACAACGGCGCCAUUUGAGACAUGGGAGGCGCGGAUGAGGUUGGGGAUCUAUAACCUUCUGCAACGUUACCCUCCGAAUGACAAAAUUCCUGCAGUUGUAUCGCGCUCGAACUUGCUGAUCACCUCAGCUUUCUUUCUGACGGCUGCUCGGGGACAAGUGUUUACUGCUGUACGCGUCUUUGCAAUCUUCGAUCACGCUUGGUGGCUCUUCGUGUUCGUCGCCGGCAUUGGGAUGGCGACCCCCGUCAUUACUGGAUACGUUUUCUUCGAGUUCAUCCUCAUCGAGCCUCUGUAUGUCACCCCGGGUGCCACGACCUGUAAUGGGAGUUACACGAUUAGUUCGCAAUUUGAGUGGUCACACAAACAGCACGAAUUGGCACAACGACAAGCUUAUUGGCUUAUGGCGGCAAGAGCGUCCUCUCUAUUGGCAGAUGGAAUUGUCCUAGCUCUCACCUGGAUGAAGCUGUAUCGAAAUCACAUGUUGCCGGAUGUUACAAGACCGCAUAUCUCGACGAUCUUACUCAAAGACACGGGUAUUUUCUUUGGACUCAUGUCUAUCGUGAACACGCUUGGGCUGUGUGUAGGGAACGUUCUCAUCUAUGGCGCGAUGGCAUCUCUCUGGGCUUCCUCUCUAACAUCGAUUCUUUCGUGUCGACUCUUGCUGAGUCUGCGAGAGACUUCCGACCCUUCUGGGAAUACAGAAGAUUCUUUAUCGAGGGUCUUGGAGCAGGCUCUGUUCGGUAUAGACCAAGACCAUGGGCAGUCCCAAGUUCUUGAGCUGGACGUAGUAGAAGUGCCAGUUCAAUCGCCACCUCCGAAUGGCGACGCAUGA